AUGUGCGCGACAUCCUUGUGGGCGAGACCCACGACCCACCACGACCUUCCAGACGAGGGGGCCUUUUCGCGUUGGCGACGCCCGUUUUUCAAUCCGUACCCGUCCUGGGUCUCCUACCUCAAGCAGGUUUACAGGCAGCGUCACGGCUCUCAGAACGAGGAGGAUUUGAACGAGUCUUCCCACCUCAAUCCUUUCCCCAGUCUAGAGCUCCACGAGCACGACUACGUUGACGAUGCCUAA